GUUUUGAGCACUUUACGUAGCAUCAUUAAAUCUUCUUCCAAGCAUUGCCAUUGAUAGUCUCCAAGCCAACAAGAUGAAUGUCUUCUUUAAUUUCUCACUGCUGCUCUUGGCUGCCUUGGGAAGCUGUGCAGAUGACAGAAGCCCCCUAGAAAAAUGUUUCCAAGAAGCUGAUUAUGAAGAAUUUCUAGAGAUCGCCAGAAAUGGUCUGAAACAGACAUCAAAUCCAAAGCAUGUUGUGGUUGUAGGUGCAGGAAUGGCUGGUCUUAGUGCAGCCUACGUUCUUGCAGAGGCUGGACAUAAGGUGACGGUUCUUGAAGCUAGUGAACGUGUGGGAGGACGAGUGACCACGUAUCGAAAUGACAGAGAAGGCUGGUAUGUCAAUCUGGGACCCAUGCGUCUCCCCGAGAAACACAGGAUUAUCCGAGAAUAUAUCAGAAAGUUUGAUCUCCAGUUGAACGAAUUUUUUCAGGAAAAUGAGAAUGCCUGGUAUUUUAUUAAAAACAUCAGGAAGAGAGUAUGGGAAGUCAAGAAAGACCCCGGCCUCUUGAAAUAUCCCGUGAAGCCCUCAGAAGAAGGCAAAUCUGCUUCACAGCUAUAUCAAGAGUCUCUCAAAAAGGUUAUAGAAGAAUUGAAAAGGACUAACUGCAGCUACAUAUUAAAUAAAUAUGACACCUACUCAACGAAGGAGUAUCUAAUUAAAGAAGGAAAUCUGAGCCGUGGAGCUGUAGAUAUGAUUGGAGACUUACUGAAUGAAGAUUCUUCCUAUUACGUAUCUUUUACUGAGAGCCUGAAAAAUGCUGGUAUCUUCUUUAACGAAAAAAGAUUUGAUGAAAUUGUUGGCGGAUUUGAUCAGUUACCUAUAUCCAUGUAUCGAGCCAUUGCGGAAAUGGUGCAUCUCAAUGCCCGAGUAAUCAAGAUACAACAGAAUGCUGAGAAAGUCAGAGUGGAAUAUCAAACCCCGGCAAAGACCUUGUCAAAUGUGAUAGCUGAUUAUGUCAUUGUGUGCUCCACAUCAAGGGCCACCCGUCGCAUCUAUUUUGAACCACCCCUUCCACCAAAAAUAGCACAUGCUUUGCGGUCUACCCACUACAUAAGUGGCACCAAGAUCUUCCUCACUUGCACGAAGAGGUUUUGGGAGGCUGACGGCAUUCAUGGUGGGAAGUCCACAACUGAUCUUCCAUCCCGAUUCAUCUACUAUCCUAACCAUAACUUUACUAGUGGCAUUGGGGUUAUUGUGGCCUAUGUCAUUGCUAAUGAUGCCGAUUUCUUUCAAGCUCUUGAUAUCAAGAACACUGCUGAUAUUGUCAUUAAUGACCUUUCAUUCAUCCAUCAGCUGCCCAAGAAAGAGAUCCAGGCCUUCUGUUACCCCUCGGUAGUUAAAAAAUGGAGCCUGGAUAAGUAUGCUAUGGGUUCUAUAACCUCCUUCACUCCCUACCAGUUUCAAGAUUAUAGUGAACCACUCGCUACACCUGUAGGCAGAAUCUACUUUGCAGGGGAGCACACUACCAAACUUCAUGGUUGGUUGGAUGGCGCAGUUAAGUCAGGGCUGAAAGCAGCAAGAGAUGUGAAUCGUGCUUCUGAGAAGCCAUCAAGAAUCCACCUGAUCAGUGAUAAUCAACUUUAAGAAGGAGGUCAACGAAAGGAGAAUUAUAAACAGAGAACUAUAGCCACUUUCCCCAUUCUUGCAACUUCCAGAUGUUUCAGACUAAAAUUUCCAGAAUAUCUGGAAAUUCUAGGAGUUGUCAUCCCAGGAGUUUGGAGCCAGAAGGAAUUGGGGGAAAUAAGCUGAUUUGGCCUAACUAAAUUAUCACGUUAUAUCAGCCAAAACAUGUCAAUCUAUCUAAGAGCAUUUUAGAGGAAACAAAGAUAAACCACAGAAUGAAAAGGAUUACUAGCAUGCCACCACAAUUUGGAAAGGAAGUUCUCUCAGGAAAAUCUAUAUAUACUACUAAAAUUCUCAUUUCUGUAAUCUUUAACUGGGCGAAACAGUGCAUCAUAGGGCAAGAAUUUUUGAACCAAACUACCUCUAAUGGGCUAACCUUACAAAAAGCAUCCAAAAUCCAAAACCCAUGAUUCUCCUAGUACUAAAAUUUGGCAAAUUUUAUGAAACAUUUUAUGUCAUUUGUUACAAAUGCUAUAGUGUUUCCUGCUUGAGCAGAAGGUUACAUUAGAAGACCUCCAAAGUCCCUUCCAACUCUAUUAUUCUGACAGAAAAAAUUAUCAUUAUUAUAAUACAAGAUGCCAUAAAACAUUUCCUGUGCUGAUGUUUUACUGUGCUAUACAGUUCACCAUGCAUUAUUUUCAAGGCAGAUGCAUCUGUGAAUGUGUCCCAACUUUUCAGUGAAGGUAGUACAUUAGCUCUGCCAUUGUUCAAGUGAUUGAGGAAUCUAGUAAAGAACUAUCUCUAAAGGGAUGACCAACAAGUCAUGGAUUGUCUAAAGAUAGGGUCCUUCUGUUGCCCUUCCCAAAAAGGAAUGGAAAAGAAACUAUAGUUAUUAUUACAAGCGGCUUUGUGAGUUUAUGCUACUACUUCAUUUUAAAAGAUCUCAUACGUAUAACCAUUUUUCUUUGGUACAUCAAGCAUCUACUGGUCCUAAGCUUUGAUUCUAUAUUUCCUGCAACCAUCAAAAAUUGCAAGUGCUACAGGUUCACUGAUGGGGAAGAAAACACAUUAUGACAUCAAGCAGGCCUGAAGACAACCUUAAUUUGCAAUUUCUCCAAUUUGCAACCGUCCUCUGAUUAGAGUUCUGGAAAAGCAGGAAAACAGAA